AGAGCCGCAAUACGAAUUCGAUAAUUCGCUUUCAGUCGACUCAAAUACGUGCUCGGUUCGCGUGGUGUUUACAUUCUAUAAAAUGUUUAAAUAAACCCGUGAAACAUACGGUGUACGGGAGACUUGAACGGUUGUUUUUUUUUUGUUAGCGAAAAUACGUGGCAUGUGGUGUUAUUAUUAUGGUGCCCCUCGUCGCACCGAUCGUUUUCCCGAGUUCUUUUUGGUGGUGACGGCGUAUGGCUAGUGGGUUUUUUUUACCUGACCCCCGUGGAAACUUUACUUGGAAUUAAUUUAUUACAGUUGCUACAUUAAGGUGUGUUAGGUGUUUGUGUAUGUGAUGAGUGAUCAUAUAUAGGGAUAUACACUGAGGAACUUACUUUAGGAGUUAAUUUAUUAUAAUACUUAGGCAGUGUGCCUAACGAUUUACUUCGCCAAUAUUUACGUUAAGACUGUGAUAAUGUAUUGGUGGAAAUUAUUGCUAACAAGCGCAGCUCUCAUACCUUUUGUAAGCACUGAUGAGAAACGAUGUCUAGUCAACUACCCAGAAGUCCACCCGAAAAAAUAUUUCCACAUGCAAGGAAAAUCUUUAAACAUCACAAUAGAAAUGUCAAAUCGAGUGACGCAUCAACUAGCUACAUGGGUGUUUUACUACUACAUAAAAGAGAUUUUAGGCUACACAAGACUAAAUAUUAUCGUUCAACGUGACGAUUUUGAUGUUGAAGCUGUACUUAAAAGACUGACUGAUACUGAAACUGACAGAUGGAUAGCCAAUACGACAAUAAAUUUAGAAGUCUGGAUCCCUCCGAACUACGAUACUUACGUAACAGAUCUAGUGAAAGAAUGCGGCAGUAUUUCGCCUCCAGGGAGGUUCGGAUGGUUCAUUCCCCUCGACCUUACUUAUCCAAUUAAGGAGUACUAUAAUCCUGAAAAUCAAUCAGAUAUUAAAUCAAUUCAUUGGAGGCACUUCAGAGAUCGACAUUUUGUCAAAUUGUUUGAUUUAACUGCACAAGACUUGAGGCAUAUUGAAGAUCGGGGGUGGAAUAAGUACGAAAACGAGUAUAUUUGCCCCGACUUAAACUGCACAAAAAGCUUAUAUAUUCCACCACAGUGCAAAAGCAAUGAUUGUGCAGUUUUACUGACGUCAGAUUGGGGAGCCAUGAAGUUUGUUACAUAUCACAUACAAGAAAAUAAUUUAUAUGUUAAAGUGUUGUUUUUGGGAGAUAAUCUGCCGGAAGCAAUAAAUUUUCUCAAGAGAACUUACCACGAGGAGUAUGGACGGAGAGUUCAGCGUAGUUUGGUAAUAUUAAACUGGGCUCCAAGUAAUGUCAUCCUCCAUUUAAAAAACUUCGUAACGGUUUCCUUUGAAAGUAGCGAGCGGUUUAAUUUUACACACUCGACGAAAGUCGGCUUCAAAUAUGAAAUGCACCGAUUAGUAAAAGUCGCGUGGAACAAAGUGGAAAAAUCAGCCAAACCGCUUUACGAAAUAUUAAGGAGCUUUAUGUUUAAUGCAGAUACGUAUCAAGAACUAUUAGAAAUGUACGAGGAACAGGGCCGUCCCGUUGAUAAAAAAGCACUUGCUUGCGAAUGGCUUAGGAAAAAUCCAAAUAUUUGGACCAAAUGGAGGAAGACGACUGUACAAGCUGAAAUUUAUAUUGGUGGAAUUUUUCCUCUUAGUCAUUCUUCUUACAACGGAAGAGGCAUAAUUAAUGGAGCGCUAAUGGCACGGCAAGCAAUCAACAAUAACAAUACCAUUCUCAGCGACUAUAAACUACAGAUCCUGAUAACGAAUGGAAUGUGCAGAGCCGAUAACGUUAUGAAGAAUUUCAUCGAUUUUAUUGUGGACCAAAAUUACUACCAGAAUUUGGUUGGUGUGUUGGGUCCCGCAUGUUCUGAUACCGUUGAACCUUUGGCGGGCGUGUCCAGGCACUACCAUAUUAUGGUUAUAUCCUACAGUGCGGAAGGAGCCAGUUUUUCGAACAGGGAGGUUUAUCCGUAUUUUUUUCGUACCAUAGGUGAGAACAAACAUUAUAAACACGUCUACCUAGAAUUAUUCAAACGGUUUAAAUGGAAAAGAGUGGCAGCUCUGACCGAAGACGGACAAAAAUAUACGGAAUAUAUUUCCCUGAUGCAAAACGCAUUAGAACAAAACAAUAUUGCUAUUAUUGCCAACAAGAAGUUUCCUAGAGAACGAGAGACCGAGCCUAUGACGAGAUACCUCGAAGACUUAAAAGCCAAUAGAGCCCGUAUAAUAAUUGCUGAUGUGGUAGACGAGAUUGCGCGGCAAGUGAUGUGUGAAGCAUACAAUCUAAAAAUGACGGCCGUUGAAGGAUACGUUUGGUUCUUGCCGGUGUGGCUCAAUCAAACUUGGUACAACACAGAUUAUUUCAAUUCCCACCGUAACGAAACCGUUAAUUGUACUACAGAGGAAAUGAUUAAGGCGAUAACUGGGUACUUCUCAAUGACACACGCCUAUUUCGCCCCAGACAAUCAAACGAUGCAAGAGAAUAAAACGGUGGGGGAAUGGAGAAAAGAGUAUGAAAGAAGUGGCGAAUACUCGGAUUACGCCGGUUUCGCAUACGAUGCGGUUUGGGUAUAUGCUUUAGCUCUUGAUAAGCUUUCUAAGACUGAUCCGGAAGCACUUUCCGAUAUGCAUUCAGAGAACACGACUAACAAACUAGUUCAUUUAAUUGAGCAAACGGACUUCUAUGGAGUAUCCGGUCGAAUCAAGUUUCGUGGUGGUCCCUCCAGAUUCUCCAUCAUAAAUAUCCUACAAUGGUAUGACAACGCUUCGCAUUUAAUUGGAGAAUUUUAUCCCAAUCUAACGGAUGACAAACCCGAGAUUCUUGGUGGCGACUUAAUACUCAAGUCUGAUAAUAAUAAGCUGGAUCCCGUUCGGUGGUUUACAAGUGAUGGAACUAUUCCCGAAGAUGGCACUCUUCCGCUUUCGGACUGUUCGAUCGAGGGUUUCGCAAAAGCAUUUAAGGUUGGAUGUACAGAGGCCUGGAUAAUAGUAAACGCGGUGCCCAUAUCGCUUCUGGGGAUUUUAGGUGGCCUUGGCUUCACCUACGUUAAAAAAAGAUAUAUUAAUAGACUGAAAGUGCAAGAAGAGUUAAUGGAAAAAAUAGGGAUAUACAAUCGAAAAUUCCCAUUGGAUUUGGACGCGUAUGAAGUGCCUGAGGAACUAUUGCAUAUGACGCAUAAAUUAGGUGAAGGAGCCUUCGGCACAGUCUAUGGCGGAGAAGCCCAAAUUGGCGAAGAUUGCCGGUUUCCAGUGGCCAUUAAAACUCUGAAAGCCGGCUUCUCCGCUGAAGACAGAAUUGAUUUUCUGACAGAGGCGGACAAUAUGAAGCGGUUUAAACACGAGAAUAUUGUACAGCUUAUUGGCGUAAUUACCAAAAAUACUAGACAGGCAACACUUAUGGAAUAUUGCCUGUAUGGCGAUUUAAGGAGCUACUUGGUAACCCGUAGGCAUUUGAUCAGCAGCGGUAAGAAAUCGGAGGAGCAGAGUAAUCGUGCUUUGGAAGAUUUAUCACCGACGCGGUUAACAAAUAUGGCAUUGGAUAUCGCAAGAGGAUUAAGUUAUUUAGCAGGAAUGAAAUAUGUUCAUAGAGAUUUGGCGUGUAGAAAUUGUCUAGUGAAUGCUCAGUAUAUUGUGAAAAUAGGAGACUUUGGGAUGGCGAGGCCUGUGGACGAUUCUCGCUCCUACAGCUUAACUCGAAAAGGACUUGAAUACCUCCGGGAUUUAGACUGCUUCGGUCUGGGAAGGCUAUAUAAGCGGAAACAACGCCCAAAAAAAAAGAAAAAUCAAAAAGGUAUAUUACCUGUACGAUGGAUGGCACCGGAAUGUUUUACCCAAAAUACCUACAGUACGGCUUCAGACAUUUGGAGUUUUGGGGUAGUACUGUUUGAGAUCGUUACCUGUGGUGGUACACCUUGGUACGAGAAAUCCAACAUGGAAGUCGUAAAGCUGGUGGAAGAAGGCGUUUCUCUUGAAAUUCCUAAAGGCAUCAAGCCAAUUUUGGAGGCCAUUAUGAAGUCAUGCUGGGCCCGCGAUCCCAGAGAUCGGCCGAACGCUGCUACGCUCGUGGAAUACUUUGGCACCAGUACUCACCUCCUAAACACCUGCCAGAAUAUUGACUUAUACGCCAUCACCCUGGACGACGCGGAUGUCGAGUUACAGAAGCCCGUCUCAAUAAGCAAGACGAACGAGGUGAUUAAGAGAUUGAUGCCGGUGAACAGUAACGUUAAUUCGCCGAGUAUAAGCAACAGAUCAUAUCAAAAUCAUCAGAUAGAUGAUGAUAAGGUUACCAAAGCUGUAAGUAUUCAAUUAGAGAAUUAUUGCCCGAAGGCGCCUCUGUUAGGCGAUAGCAAGUCGGCUAAUAAUCUAAUAAGUUUUGGGAAGUUCCACAUGCAACCGCAUUCCGGGUGCCAGGAGGAGGAUGACGAUGAAGCCUUUGUAAAUAUUCCGGCCAAUGGUUAUGUCAAUAGUAACGUGUAAGUUGCUUUUUAUAUUUACAUGUUUUUUUUUUAUUUUUUUUUACUAGUAGUUACCUGGAGGUUAACGUAACGUUAUUUUAAAAGUGACAUUUUUUAAGGAUCUCGCGCAAACUGUGAAAGUGAAAUACUGAUUUUAAUUGUAUUAUUGGUGAUUAUUGCAUUUCUUAGAAUAGAUAAAAUAUACAUUUAACCGUCAUUUGUAAUUUCCAGCCAACAUGCUGAAAGCUCAGUUGAGUUACUGAGCUGGUAUACAAAGUGAUUAAAAAAACAAACGUAAACCUUUAAGGAGCCUAAUUCUUGCAUAGAAAUAAGUUUAAAUGUUCCUAUAUCUUAUUUGGUAUUACCAGGACACAUUAAUAAUCACACCAGAUUUUAAUUAACAUUUAUUUCGAAAAGGCAAAAAAAUAGUCGAAAAUCGUACAAAACCCGCAUAUCAAGAGAACAGCUAUUUUUUAAAUCUUCUUUUACAUUUUCUUCUUCUUUCUCUACAAAACAAAUCUUGGUUCCGAACUCCAUUCUUUGGCCCAAACUACGUGAAAUGAGCUUAUACUUUUAGUUCCAAGACAAUGAGUUCGUAUUAUUAGAGAUCAGUAGGUCAGAUAAGAAAAUAUUACUAAGCAAUACCCGCCCUGAAAAUCACUCUGAAACAAAAAAUAUCCGUUUAAAACCUUAAUCAUACACAUAUCCAUAAUGCUAUCUUCUUGAAAUGCAUAUUCUUCAAAACCCCUAAACCCUCAAAACAAAACUUAAAACUACUAUAAACCUACAUAUAAAAUUUAACUAAAAAUACUUUAAGUAGUAAUUUUAAAUUUACUUCAAAUUCAAAUACAUAAGUACACCAGCACAAAUAUGCCAUAUCGAGACCAAAAUAUCUCCUAAAAUACUUAACAGAAGAGCUAAUAUCAGACCUAGUAUCUAACAUUAAGUACAUUAAACACUCUAUUAAAUUUUUCACUGGUCUGUCAGUAGUUGUAUCCCCUUCAUUAAAUUUAACUGGUAAUUUUAGGUCUAUUGGUAUACUAACUGAUUUGCUAUUUCCAAAAUUAAACUUUUUCAAUAUUGCUUUUAAAUAUGGUACAGCUCCAUAAAAGGAUAAUUUGAUUUGAUUAAUAAAAAGUUGUUGUUGUCGACUACUUCAAUUUAAGUGGUUGGACUACUUCAAUUAUAUGUGGCAACGUCACCUGCCACCCAAUCCACACGUGUUUUCCCAAACCUAUUCUCAGACCAUUUCCCUCCCUUAGAAGGUGGUUUGUUGAUCUUAUUCACGCUAGUAAUCCAACCGUAUGAUGUUGCAUGCAUCGUAAGAGCAGCAUACUACGACCCGUCACUAAAAACUCUUAACUUCACUUUACAAUGGGGCGUGGGUGAUCAACCUAAGUGAAAAAAGAAUAAAGAAAACCAUGAUCCAAGUUAAUUCCCUCUAAGUCUGGUACAAACUAGAGGCGAGGGGACAGAAAAGAAAAAUGCUUCCUCCCUUUAGAAAAGAACGGAUGGUUUUUAUGUUCCGAUUCUGGCCGGUCCAUGAAUCUGAGUAAGCAAUAACAUGAUCAUGGGAUGAAGCAUUUUCUUUUAAAUGUUUAACCAAACACGUUGAUAUGUCCUGAGAGCCACGCCCACCAGUUUCAUCCCAUACAAACAUAUAAGCGGUUUUGUAAUUUUCACAAAGUAUACCUAAGUUGUAAAGAUAUAUUUUUUGUAAAACGCAACAGAAACUGUCACUUUUGGAAAAGGGAGAGCCUUUUGUAAAUCAAAUGUUAUAAUAUUAAUAUUAUUCUUUGGUUCUUUAUUUUCUCUAGACCACUUUCUUAUAUAAGUCGUAUAUUUCUUUAACCGGUAAUUCACUAUUUCAAUAUUUUCUGUUAGGACUCUUGUUUCUCGAAUAGUGGUUUUAGUAGGCUGGAAAUUGACUUAAAUGAGCGUUUGAAACUUGUCGUGCCACGCGUUUCUAUGCACUUCGACAUCUCAUGUCCUCUUAGCAAUGUAUCUAUAUAGUCAUCCAUGACUUAUCUGAAAAGUAGACAGAAAAAAAUUCUUACUGACAACCCGAGUAUUGCCGUCAUUCCUCAAAAAAUACGGAGAAGAAAUCUGUUUUUCAUAAGCAGAAUCAUCUUUUGGGCGUUUUCGAAUAACUGUUUUAGCUUGCACUAGACCAGGUAUAUAUGCAUUUUGUAAAACAUAAUCUCCAAGGCUCCAAAAAGAGUUGGGCUGAACUAAUAAGGACAGCUAGGAGGAAUAAUAUUAUUCAUUAAUACUACCUCUUAUAACCUGUCUUUUAUCAGGACUAAGUCGACGUGGGCGUCAUUGGAUGGUUUUAUUCGGAUCAAUUAAUCGUAUCUCUAAUUGGCCAGUAGUAACCCUAGUUGAAGCAAAACCCUUUCUAAAUGAAUCAGAAAAUGUUUCUAAAAUAUAUAACAAACGUGUUUUAUUAUUACCAACGAUGUCAGUAUUAACAUAAUUUGGUGGAUUGUUUAUGUCGUGGAUUGGUCCCCUUUGUAAACUGUUUUCUUCUUUUUCAAACUCAGUUGAUGGCCUUAUAUCCUAUUUUCCACAAAAAUUACAUUUGAUACUAGGCCUGAAUCUUACCUUUUUUCUCUCUGCUGUUUUAAGAGAAGAUUCAGCUUUUCGUUUAUUAUAUGAUAUUGCUUUUAACUCUUGUUGCAAUUCAGCUCUUGCUGAGAUUUUGUUAUAAAAGAUAACUGGCAAUAUUGCUAAAGGAGUUAAGACAAUUGAAUACCUUGACAUUAUGAACGUUAACCUACUGCUAUAUGUACUAAGGCAUUCGCCAUCCUUUCUAGCUUUUUAUUUGAAAAAUGAGAAAUAAAUUAAACGGAAAGUUUUACAGUAAUGUUUUUAGGCCGAUGUGUUACUCAGCGCAACCACACAACUCUGGAUCUACAGCGUGAGACUUCAGGUCUGCUUCUUCCUCGUCCCGUGUCGGAUGUCUUGGAGCUUCAUCUAGUAGAUUCUUGUACCAGGCAAAGGUUUCGUUAUCUUCCCAUUUUUCUUGGUAAUGUUUUAACAGGGUAUCUCCGUUUUCUAUAUUGACUCUUUUUAUGAUAUUGCGCAGUUCAAUUUGCUUAGAUUGCUAAUUCUCUAAUUUCGCAUUUCGUUUCAAGUAGUUCUGAUAUUGUUUGUCAUUAUCUGUUCUGUAGAAAACGUCUAAUUUUGCCAAACACUUGUCACGAACUCUUUUUAAAUAAACUCGCUUUAUUUCCUGUAUACCAGUGAUUUUUUAAAAUUUUUAACCAGAAAGAUCCUUCUAAUCCAUUAAGUCCCACUCUUACCCCAGCACUUUAACUUUCCCACCUUUUUUAAAGUUAUUCCAAUAUUCUUCCCUUGUGGUAAUUUCAGAACGCUUUCUGCAGGUUUUCUCUAUCCGACCGAAUACUCUGUCCGCGGGUAGAUAAGAAUGACCUCUCAUCGGAAAAUAUAGCACCACCUCUUCAAUAUGUUUAGGUGCCUUAGUGGAAAACCAAAACAUCAACAUGUGGAUGAUAAAAGAAUUUUUAUUUUGGCCUCCACAUCCGUGGGCGAAUAGUCUAACCAGUUUGCAACUCUCUGGAAAAUCGCGGUGUGUCAAGAACUGGUAUAAGGCUGAUCCUAUCUCAUUCGGUCCCCUUUUCGCUUGAUUCUCUGUCCAAGUAUAAAAGUAAGGUCGUCUUGUACAAGGUUUCGUUGUACAAAAGUUGUAUAAAGCAAGUUGACGUAAAUAAAAGGCUUGCACUAUAUUCAUUUUGGACAAAGCAUGAACUUGCUGCAAGUCGAAACAUACUCUAAAACUGUUUUCCGGACUUUCUUUAAAAAAAAUUAUGGAAUCGUUUGGCCCGUAAUUUAUGAAUUCUCAGUUCAGUUAUAGAUUUUCCUUUCAAAGCUGCAUCCUUUGUGGAUUUAAUUGUAUUUUUUAAGCGUGUACAGAGACUGCAUAUAUAUCUGUUAAAUUCCCAAUAUUUUUUUUACACUAUUUUCCCGCUGCUCAUAUUUUUUCUUUCUUCGAUCUCCUCAGCCUCUCAUCUCAAUUAUCUGCCCGUCUGCUUUUUUUCUUAUAGUAAGGAUAUUUCGUUGCGAAAUCUUCAAAGCAAUUAAAAAAAGUUUUUUGGCGCACCAAGAAUCUCUCGGAGUUUUUUUUUUUUAACUAAUUUUGCCUAAUUGCAUGGCUUUUAUUUUUUAAUGUUUCUUCACUUGUUUUUUCUUUAAGGAUGCUUUACUUCAAUCAGGUGGGAUAUUUUAUUGUGUAUAGUCACUUUUACAGAUUGUGUAUACACAAACUCUAAUAAUGUCACGUCUUCUGUAGUAACUUCAUGGAACUAAAGCGCAGUUUUUGAAUGCAUUUCACUUCAAAAUCUUUCGCAUUAGGCAUAUGAUCCAUGUAUCUAUAAUAAUAAAGAAUAUAAAACAACUUUGUCGCUCACUGACUAAAUUUAUAUUCAAACUUACCGUAUUUUUUUCCAUUUCUCAUUUAGACAUAGUUUGUUUUCUUUUUCUCGAACCAUCGGAUGCAUCACUAAUAACCACUAGACUACUAUCAUCCAUUUUAAGGUCUGGCUACUAUAAUAAGCAUCCACUUUUAAAAUAAUGCGUAAUUUAGCAGCAACAAAUCGCUAAAGUAUAACAUGCACACUAGACAAAUAAACUAUUAACUGAACUAAAUAAUUUCCCAUUUAUUCCAACUGCAGUUUGCCUCAAUUAGGUUUAUCGUGUAGAGGACUAUUAAACAUAUACUAUCACAUGCCUAACUCAAUUUUGCCAAUAUUUCAAAAACUGCGGUUUGCAGAUCACCUCCUCACAUAAUGUGUAAUAGUUCUUUGUGUGUAAUAUUACUUUUGUACAUUUAGUAAUUUUUCUGAUACUUGCUUUCAGACUUCGACAACAGGCGAAAGGAGGCGCUUUUACAUUUUUAUGCAAUAUUUUCAGAAAACAUUAAAUUAGUAGAAGACAUUUAAUGUUUUAGAAGUAUCUGGUAGUCUUGAUGCCUUAAAAGUUGACUAUUACAAAGUUGCCGUCAAUGUUAAUGUAUUUUCUUCGAUCUGAGCAGCAUAGACGGGAGUCUAAAACGGGGAAAUUUUUACAAAAAUUCGAUAUAAUGAACACGUAAAAAUCAUACAGCUUACAAAAUACAAAACCCUUAGACGUCCAGACUAUGCCGCCCAGAUCAAAGAAAAAUAGAUUUUAUCGUUACAAACAGCAAUUACAGAUCAUACAGCAUAAACCAGACAGAGCUGGUGUUGGUUUCCUAUUAAUAGUAAAGAACAACAUAAUAUUAUAUAUUUCCCAAUAAUACUUUUAUCCUAUUAACCCUUAACUGUCGUGAUGACAAUUUCUCCCUUGAACAAUUUUUUGACAACAGAUUAUCACAGUUAGCAACACUCUUUUAUAUUUUAGUUAUUUUAGGGUAAAAAGGGCUUUUCAUAAAAAAAACUUAUGAAGAAAAUUAACUUUAUUUUAACAUAAAACAAAAAGGGUAUUCUAUUUAAAAAAAUAAAUAAAUAUAAAAACUACAUUUUUUUCUAAAUGCGUAGGCAACCUUAUGCCAUGAAAAUAUUCGGUAACCAACUACUGUAGCCUUUUCUUUGUAGUAUAUACCUGCAAAAAAAAUACUUAGUUAUUCAAAAGAUUUUUAUACAAAUAUCUGCAAGGAUUAUUUACUGUGAUUUUAGUUUAAUUUAUCCACUUUCAUCGACAUCAACGAGGCAGUUUUGGCAUAUUUUCCUACAACAUUGCAGGCAGAUUCGCUUUUUGCAUUUUCUUUAUAAAUAAGAAGUCUUCCUCCGUAAUCUUGGGUUGCAACAUGAGCAGUAUUUUCUUGCAUUUCUAGGUAAAACUUCUAGCUCUUCGUCGUUCUGAGGUUCAGCUGCAAUUCCUAGUACUUUUUUGAUACUCUUUCUCAAAUAGCUUGGUAGACGAGGGUUGGCGGCUCUUUGAUUAAGAAGAGGAACAAAUAGUUAUUUAGCCAGGAGUUUUAGAAAUUCAAGUCUUCAGAACACCUGCCUGUUUUUAUGAGUUAUAUAUGCAUUCAAUCCACUCAUAUCGACAAUUCUAUAGAAUAUGGCCAUUGGCCAUCGUCUUGUACGUCUGCUACACGAAUACUUGGAACAUUUUUCGUCCACGGCAUCCACACCUGAUCUCGUGUUGUUGUAAAAUUCAUUUAUCUCCUGCAAUCCUGUAUCUGGAUCGACAUUUUUAGUGUGGUGCAUGGAUGAAAGGAGGACAAACAGCUUUGCCCUUCUUCGGUACGAUCGAUAAUAAAGUUAUUGACGAACAACAGCUUGCGUAGGAAUAGCCAGCUUCUUAUCUUCAUCAGUCAACUCCUCUGAAGUGUCGCUACCUUUACCACAAUAUAUAUAGGUGUUGUACGCAUAAUGAGUUCUGGCAUCAGCUAACCAUUGCACCUUCACUCCAUAUUUUUACUUAUACUUAUUAACGAUUUUUCCCAUAAUAAUUUUUUCUUACAUGUUCAUCCCUUUCCUGAUCUAAGUUCUCCUCCAUCUCUUCUUCCAUUUCGUUCACGACAUUCUAGACUCCUGCAGAUCUAUAGAUCUCUUCCUCUGACAUUUCACUUUCAGAUUCAUGUGUACUGAAAACAUAUUCACCGUCUUCGAUACUAUCUCCUUCCAGAUCAGAAGAAUCACUGCCCAAUUAAUCAUACCACGCCUGCCGCGGCGGGCCGAAAAAUGGAUAAUUUUUUUUUUUUAAUAUCGCAAGUGAGUAAUGUGGAAAAUGUCUAACAGGCGAACAUUAAUGAUUAUACAAAAGAUGAGGCAGAUUUAAAAAAAAUUAACCGGGCCCCAAAAGCCCUUAAUAUUCAAAAAAAAAAGAAAAUUGAUCUGAGUAGCGAAAAAAUGUUCAGAAACAAUGUUAUUAAGAUGUAUAUAAAAAAUCAAGACAAUAAUUUUAUUUUCCACCAGGCCCCAAGCUUUAAUAAAACUAAAAAGUUUUGUGCAGCUCUUCGCCUGACUUGGUGUUUAUGUAGAAAAUGCUGUCGGGUGGGCGAUUAGCGAAUAUUUAGUUGUAUGAUUUUUGUAUUACAAUAUAAAUUAACAACAAUUAAUUAUAAACACUAAACCAGCCCAGAACUCGCCACGUGGAGCUGGCUGCACAUCGAGUUCCACCCACCCACCCUCUCCAUUUUGAACAAAGAUUAAUCUUUUGCUGCAGCAAAGUAUUUAGCUUUGUUUUCAAAAGUACGUAAAUCUAAUCUUGCAUCAAUUUUUGCGCGAAUAUAUCCAUCUCUUGCUACACUUCCGCAUACUUUUAAAGACGCCUCUGUUAUAAGCUUAACACACCUUUCGACUGCCUGAGUGUGACAAGGAUAAUCGCCAACAUUCAUCUUCUGUUGAUUAAUCUGCUCCGCUAAUUCUUCAAUUGAAAAUAAUUUGGUAGUUGGAGGCUCGGUUAAAUUUAUGCUCUGCCAAUCAAUAAUAUCUAUGUAGUCAUCCGCCUCGAAAUUUAGUUUUGGAGUUUUGAAAACUCUAGGUUCCGUUAUUAUUUGAGUACUGGCUUUCCUUAUUCGACUAACUGCUAGUUUUCUUAUAUAUUCUCGAGGGUCUGUUAACAUUGAAACCAGUAAAUUUUCAGGAUGCGCAAAAUACGAAUUCCCUUCUAUCACUUUAUCGAUAAUAUUUCUGAUAGCUUCUGGAAACUGCCUAGAUAUUUUAAUCAUCUCCCACAAGUGUCUAGCACCAUCUUGUAAGAACGGUUUGGUCUUUAUUUUAAACCACAUUGGUGCGUAAAGUUUCAUUAUAAAGUUUACUAUAACUUUAAAGUUCUCUGAUGGAUCCUUUGUGCCAACAUAUAAACGAAGAAUUCUGUUUGCUGUUGUUACCCAUCUGGAAUGGGAGCAAUUUCCAUUUUUAAUGGCUUGACACAUUAAAUACAAAUAUUGCUGAUCAGUACUAAGCUCUUUGGCAUUAAUUUCUGGUAAGUCAGUAUUAACUACAAUAAACUCCACAACAGGAGUUUUUUCGCAGUUGCAUGAAGUAAGCAAUAAGCAUCAUGCGCAUUAGUAUGUUAGCAGCGGCGUGUAUUAAAGAAGAAUAUAUUAUAUUACGAGAACUUUAUGUGCGUUCGGGGCCCGGUUUAACCUUAAUUUUUUUUGACCAAUUUUUUUUAACACACUUGUGGGGUUGUAUAUUAUUGUUUAGAGUCUAAUCAUAUAAAAAUAAUAAAAAAAAAAUAAUAUAUUUUUUUUAAUAUUCCCCUCUGGUGCCCGGCCUAAAUAUUUUAAUUUUUUCUCAUGUUUUGGGGAACUUUAUUUUUGGUCAGUAGGCAACUUUUGGUAGCUACUUGGUUUUGAUUUUCAAAAAAAAAAAAUUUCAGACCUACCCUACUGAACAGUCUCUUCAAACUCGGGAUCACUCGAUUGCACUACUUCCCGACGAGUUGCUAUUUCUCAAAAAAGUCACGAAAACUACGUUGUGAGGUCCCAGGGACUACCACGCGUUCGGUUCGCAGGUUUAAGAGUCACUGACAAAUUUUUUCGCGCUAACAUGAUGUUGCUGAGGCCAUAGUAGGAAGAUAGUAAAAAGCGCGUCGCGCUGGGAUAAGAGGCUAAAGACGAAUACGUGUUAUUAUAGUUCCGGGAGUCUCUGGGACCCCAUAACGUCUGUUAAGGGUUAAGAAGGGGUCGAAAAUCGUUCUGAAAUACGUAAGUUUACUGUGUUGUCAGAUCGGAGGGGAAAACCAAAUUGCGGAAUAGAUAUUAAAAAAACGAAAUUGCCUAUGUAGGGUGUUGAUUUGACAACUUGUUCUGACAAUACGUGCAGAACAUUAUUUUGAACACUUUAUUCGUUGUUAUUAAACUGACUAUUUUAACAAAAAAAAGUAAUAUGAGGUGCCUCAUUCAAAAGGGCGUCGCUCAUCAUUGAUGACUUGAAUCUUUUUGGCAUAUUUGUAUGCGAGAAUUACGCUCCUUAAGGUUCGUUUUUACUUUUCGCCGUGUGACCAUAUUACACCAUGACAAAAAAAACUAGAUUUGUGUAAAAGAACAAUAAAAAUAAAUAUAGCUACUUACAUUUUUACACACAUUGUUCUUAAUUAAAUUAGAUGAUUUUGAUACAUUUUAAUGCCAAAGAGUUUAUUUUUAAAUCAGUCUUGGAUCUUUAUAUUUGUCAUUUUUAAAGGAAUUGUUUUAGUUCACUGUAAGUUUUCAAAGCAAAGGAAAAGUGGUAGAUGGUUUCAUUAUAGAAAGGAGACUUAUAUAGGGCGAACAAACUAAUGUUUGCUCUAAAAUCCCAUAGGUUGUAUUUUCUCACUAUUAAUUAAUUUCUCAUUAUCUGGAAUACCCAAUAUUUAAAAAAAUAAUUAAACUAUUGUUGUGACAUACCUAAUUAUUGUACGCCUUAUUAUGUAGGUGGCCUCAAAUACCAAUAUAAUUCAAAUGUAAGGCAACUAUAUUUAAAAAUUGCUAUAAACUGUAAACUAUUUAUAAUUAUUUUUUAUUAGAUUUAUUUAUUUUUUUAGUUUAUUUAAAUAUACUUUUUCUGGUUGUUUUUAUUUUCUAUUUUAGAUAAGUAGUUUCCAUCUGAAUUGUGGUAUUUUAGACACCCGGCAAUUUAGCAUAUUUUAUAAUAAACUAAAGUAAGAAAAUAUUCUAUAUACCCGUAGCUUUAAGAAUACAAAACGAUACAUUAACCUCCAGCACAUACACCAUAUAGAGACUGAAUAUGAAAAUAUACCUGUAAUUAUUUAAGUUAAAACAAUAUCUAUUUUUGACUAAAAAGCCUAGUUUAUAUUUUUAUAGCCUAAUAGUUGUUCUUUUUACUGAAUAUGAUAUAAGAGAUUAAGUUUGAAGUUUGAAAACAAUCUUGUUACUUCGAUAUCUACUACACUUAUUACAUUGAAUAUUUAUUAGCGGGUUUUUAAAAUAGAGUCACUUUUAGCAAGUAAAUAUGAAUUCUAGUAUUACAAAAAAAAAACCAUAAGUCUGGAUUUAUAUUGAUGUAUUUAAACCGCGUUUUCAAUGUUUUAAAUAUUUUUUAAUUCACAAAAAUUAAUUUUUGUGUCCCGCUCUUCUUUUACUAGUGACCAAAUUUCAUUUUAUCUAGUCUGUAUCUUCUGAUAAGUCAUUACUUGACCCACGUGUCAAUUAAUUCUGUCGCAAUUGAUUAAUUAAUAAGUUACGUAAUUUCCUAUGUAAAUGUACAACAGUAAAUUAUGUAGGGUGUUCUGUGAAACACUGGAAUUGGCCCCACCUUAACAACAUUAGACCUACAGUCUAAUUCACAAUGGAGACGGAGCUGAAUUGUUCGCAAAUGUUUGAAACUUUAUAAGAUCAAAUUUUAAAUGUUAAAGAUGUCGAGUAAUGCUUAACGUAAUGAUUCGCUGAAGUACGGGUAAGACAUACCAACACGUGGGUCUACUUAUUGACUUUUUUUGGGUAAGACAACCAGGAAACAAAAAAAAGUUACUUAAGAGAUCUCGAGCAGAAGCAACUACCCAAUUUAUAUGCUCAACUUCAAUUUUUGGGGAAAAAGGUAAAACAUUCGUACUCAGGAAGUACAAGCAACUUCUGUGAUACAACAUAAAGUUCUAGUCAGCAGAAAUCCUCUCUUUUAGUCACUUAAACUCAUAUACACUUACUAUUGUAUAACGUAUAUAAACUCGGGUUAAGAUUGUACCACACAGUGCUUCCUUUGUCUGAUUUUUUACCUCCGGAUUUGGAGGUACUAGAGUAAAGUACACAAAUUGAUUAUUCGCUCCUAUUCGUGAUCUCUUAGUAUCUUUUCUUAACACGUGAGUUCUAUUUGAAGAUUUUUUAUUGGGAUAGAAGGGGGAUGAUAAUGGGUUUUAACUUUCUUUAGCAACUGGUUGCUUAGUCAUAUUAGCAGCAAACUCUCAAAUGGAAGGAAGAAUGGUCCUAUAUUGACAAAUGUUAACAAUAACGUGACGCAAUGAAAAUAUCUUGUGUGUUGUAAGUGUUUUUCCACCGGACUGAAAAAUACUUCAAAUUUUUUUUAAAUAAAGCCAAGGCAGAAGCUUUACUUACUGAGUAUUACCAGUUAGUUCGAAACACAAAGAGUCGAAGACACUUUGAAGAAAAAAAAAGGAAAAUCAUCGACUUUUUUAACAAAAAUCUUUUACAUCAAAAUAUUAAAAUACGUGAUAUUUGAUUUUUGCACACAAAACUGCACACCUGCCUUCUCAAGAGCUAACAGGCAACUAAUCACAGAAUUUAGAAAUGAAAGUGAAAAACGAAUGUGUCGGGUUGUUUUAAGUGCCGCUCGAUCGAAAGAUGGCGCGGCACGUCAUCGAUUUGCCGUAAAUUACAGAAGUUGUUUUGUUUCAUUUAUUCUCCGAUAGAUAGAUGCACUGUAUGUUUUAUUAUGGGUUUUCUUGAUUUGCUUUCGGUUCUGGCUGCAGUUUUAUUAAUCCAAUAAAAAAAAUGUGUAAUAAUUUUUUUUAUAUGGAUUAAUGGAUUAAUUCAAAAGCAUUUUAAUUUUAUAUUAUAUUUAGAAAAAACACCAAUAUUCUUUUUAGACAUAAAAUUAAUUAUGUGUAGUACUACAAAUGAAUAGGGGAGGCCACCAUGAGACGGAAAAAGUUUUUUAAAAUUAAAAAAUAUAGUUUUGUGUAAAUGUUAGGUUUUAAAGAAUGAUAUUUAUAAUCAUGUUAAUCUUAAAACAAAACAUUAAAAAAAGUUUUAAAUUAAUAGUUUUGCGAGGGAAUUGUACAACAUUCUUUUUUUAAAGAUGUAUCAUGGAGGCCCAGAAAAGUGGGACACCAUAAGACAUAAGACAUAUGUGAAAAAAACAACAUGUUUGUUACAAAACUUUAUUAAAUGGCGGUUUUGACAACUAAAAAUAUGUACUUAAACGAAAAAAACACAAAAAUAUAAGAUUUGUCAAUGUAAAAUAUGCCAAAAAUCAAAGAAUCAUUUAUUUUUCUUGGUAAAAAAAAGAACUUUAGCGUAAAUUUAUAUUGCUAAACUGAAUUUCGAAUUUUAGAUAUUCCUGUAAACGUUUUGUUUUACCCAAAUGAGAUGGUGGCGGUAAAAUCAUUUUAACGUCAUUUAAAGGAACCAUUCCUACAUCAGGUUUCAAAGGAUAUACGAAGUGUCCGCUGAAUUUUACCGACUUCCGCAAAAACUUUACUUCUACUUCAUUGCUGGAACUUUCCAGAUUUAUCACUUUUCCAACAUAGAAUAUAUUAUCAUUUUUGGCACUAAAUGACAUUAAUACAAAGUCGUCAGGUUUGGGAUUUCGAUCCAGUUCUUCAAAUGCUGAAGGAUCAGCCUCGGGCAUCCAGUCUGUUGAAUCCUGGUCAGAGUCGGCAAAAGAUAAACUUCCAUCUUCCUCAGACGAAAAUAUAACAUUGAAAUCAACCUUCUUUUUUUUUGCAAAUAAAUUCCGGGUGGCAGCUUUUUGUUUGUCAUCCUUGUGUUUUCUUUUUAAUUUGUCUUUUUCAAUUUUUUCCUGGUAUUUUUUUUCAAACAUAUCUUUCUCAGGCGUAUCAGUGGGAAUGCAGCUGGUAAUUUUUCUACGCUGACUAUUAGAAACCUUUCUCAUUCCUGCUUUUGGGUAUCCCUUAAAUAUUUCUGGGCUUAUAAACAAUUUAAUUUUGGUGACUGAUCAUUAAGUGUAUCAUUGGUAACUGUCUGAGCUACUUUAGAUGAUGUUGAUGAAGUAUUUUCAUCCACAUUGGAAACUUCUGUAUUGUUAAUAUUUAAAAUUUCUCUAUCGGUAACAGAGCUGCACAGGAAAUCGUCAUCCGUAAAGACAUUUCUGUCAAAAGGGUAAAUUCCGGCCUUCUUGAAGCCUGAUUUUAUAUUGGAGAGAGUCAUAGACCGUUACACAAGCAGCAAUUUCGUAAAUGGAUAACGGAUUACCCGGAUGAUGCAAAAGCCAAGGGUCAACUGCAGUAUUAUAAUUCGCCUUAAAUGGCGCAAAUACUGAUAUGUCCAGUGGCUGCAAUCUAUGACUACAAUGUGGUGGAAGUGUGACUGGAAUGACUCCAUUGUUCUUAGCCAAAUUCAGAGUUUUAAUCCCAAGGUGUGAUUGUCCAUGAUUAAAAUAGUGGGAUUUUCUUUGGACGACCCAUUAUGUCUAAUAAAAUGUUCCAUAAUAGACGGAAAUAAUUCGGAGUUCAUCCAACCUGAAGUAGAAGCCAGUCCUAAAGUUCCUGCCGGUGCCCCGUUUAACAUAUGUUUUUUAAUUUUUUUUCUGGGGAACACCAUUAUUGGGGGCAGCGUAUUACCAGUAGCACUUAUUAUGCAACAUGUUGUAAUCAAAACUCCUCGUUCUCCACUAGUACAUUGACUUACUUGUUUGAUACGUUUUGACGGCAGAACUUUUUUUGGUUUUUGAACAGUUGUUGUUCCAGUUUCGUCUAGGUUAUAAAUCCGUGUACCAUCAGAAAACUUCUCAGACCGACUAUACGCUUUUUCAAGAUUGUCAAAAAAUAAAUUUACAUUAUAGUUUGUUAAACGAAGUUGCUCUUGAAAGACUACAUCCUUCUGGUUGACGUAUGCUUAAUUCUUUUGCAUGUCUUUUUAAAAAACUCUGUAACCAGUCGAUACCAGCAGAUUUAUUCUUAUUCUAAGAUAACGGAGUUUUUUUUUUUUAAUUGGGCCAUCUCAUAUGCCAAAAUACGGUUAUCUUUUGUAGUUUUCCCAUAGCACAUUUUUGAACAUUUAAUAAUGUAAUUGACUAAAUCCUUCUCUUCCUCUUCAUUAAAAACUAGGCGAUGCUUAUAAUAGCUUUUCAUUGAAACAAUAUCAUUGGGAUUGGCUUUAUUUUAUUCUUUUUUAACAUACCUUUGCAACGUUUGAAACGAUAAAUUGUUUUCUUUUGCAGCUUUCCUAAAAGACAACUUAAAUAAAUAAACUCCAUUUAUUCCUACUAAAACUUGCUGAACCGCUCUUUUCAUAUUUUCUUCUUUAAAGGUUCCUUUUUGGUUCCUUCUUCUUCGUCCUCUUGACAUCUGCAAAGGUAAAACAAUAUGCUUGCAAUAGUACACACUAGGUAAUACACUAUACUACAUUCUGGGCUUCCGUGAGACAGUGUCUCAUGGUGGCCCAAAUAAAUUGUCUUAUUGUGGCCCAUUUGUAUAUUUAGGAAAAAAAUAUUAUUAUUACACAGUAAAACUAAAGUUGUCUUUUAAAAGUUACAUUUAAAAACUACCUAAAAGGUCAAUUUACAAAUGCUUAUAACUGUCUUACGUUUAGGGUUUAUAGAUCACUCAAAAAAACUUAUGAAAACAAUACAUGAAAAAAAAAUCGACCUCGCCACGUGCACUUUCCAUAAAAUCUAGAAGACGACUGAUCCAGCGGCGCGAAAAAAUGUAUAUUCAGGUCAUGCGCAGUGUGGCCAGAUUUCUCAAAGCGUUGUCGCCAGAUAUACCGAAAUUUAUCGCCCAAAAUCGCCAUUUUCAUUUUUAACCUCACCAAUAGAGGGUGCGCGCAAAAAAAACAUUCUGUUAUUUCAAGUCAUUUGUUUUCUUCAAUUGCUAUUUCUACCAUUACCACACCAACCACUAUAUAUUAAUGUAUCAUCAUUGUCUGAUACCUUUAUUUAAACAAUGGUAUUAUGUAUCAAAAGCAUCCUAAAUAAUCAUAUACCAUACACCGUUGACUAAACAUUUGCCCACCGAUUCAGCAAUAAUUAAUAAAAUUAAAAGUUACUAUUUGCCUUACCACCACAAGAGAGCACAAACAAAACCGCCGAACACAGAACACCCAGAUAGAACCCUUAUACCAUUUUUAUUUGUUUAGGAUUAUUUUAUUUUAAAUUUUAGUUAGAUACCUGGUUACCUGCUUACCUUGAAAUAAAGGUUCUCGUUCCCAUUCGUUUUUGUGUUUUUUUUCAUAUUUCGCCCAUUUCCCCAUUAUAUAAAUAAUUUUAUUUUUAUAAAUAAUCGAAGAAAUCGCAUAUUGACAAGUAUUGAUUGACAGUAUUGACAAGAGCGGAAAGGGUCAACAGAAAGUUGUAAGAGCGGGUCCACACUCGCGAUAGAUAGUUGCGGUUGUACGAACAACUCAUAGUAAUUAUUAUCGAAUGGUCUACAAACGGAUCCGUUAUUUAGAAAAAUUAUUGCUUAUCUAAGUUUUGUAAUUACCUGAUCGCCCAAUUGAUUUUGUAAAUCGCCCAAUUUGCGACUUGCGAUUUUAACCAAAAAAUGGUCGCAACAUUUCUAAAAAAGUAGCCCAAAUUGCGAUAAAUCGCCCAAUCUGGCCACGCUGGUCAUGCGACCGAUAGAUGGCUAUCGCGUAAACGACUGAAAAUAUAAAGAUGUCUCAUCGUUGCCCAUGUCUCAUAGCGGCCCACCCUACCCUAAUUAGAAAUUAUGGCUACAUCCAUGUAUAUUUAUGAUACAUAUUUUACAGAUUCUGAAAUAUGCUACUCAGUCACACCCUUAAUGAAUCACCUUUAAUAUUUACGUAAAGUUUUAGGUAACAUAACACACGAGAAAGUACACCACUGGAGUAUCCGAGAUUAUUGGAUUCAUAAAUAGGUAGCUAAUUCCUAUUUUGUGACACUAAAUAUUAAUGGGGGUAAUAAGUUUAUAUUGUUUAUUACUUUAGUCUCUCAAUUAAAUGUCUUUAGGGAAAAUAUUGAAAUCGAAAUGACGUAUGACGUAAGGAUGGCGAUGGCAAUGGCAGCCAGAACAGAAGGCCAAUCGGGAAAACCCCAAGUUAAAAAAUACAGAGUGCCUCAUCUAUCGGAGAAUAAAUGAAACAAAACAGCUUCUGCAACAAAUCGCAAAAUUACGUUCCGCGCCAUCUUUCGAUCGAUCGGACAACCUCUAAAACAACCCGACACACUCCUUCCAUUUAACUUUCUUUUCUAAACAGGGAUUUUCUGUGCAACUAAGAUACGCUUACGAUCGUCCGACGUCGGACGAGCUGAUGCGUGAUUAAAAAAACCAAUUCCAAAUAGAGAGCAUUGACAAAGUUGCCUCACCUGUCCAGUUUGCCCUACUCUCCCCAAAUUAUAUUUCACAUAUAGAAAAUUAUAAUAGAAAAAUAGAAGAAUCUCUUCAAUUUUGUCCGAUACUACAUAUAAUAUUAAUUAUUUGAUAAAUUAAAUAAGCUAAUAUUUUUUUAAAGAAGCUCUUUGUGUUUUUCUUUUUUUUUCUAUUAUAUUUGUAUUAGUUGUAACUUUGAAAAUUAUUUUCGAAAAUAUAGUUGAAAUACAAAUCUGUUAGGACCUUCAAUGUCAGGAUAAAAACAAAUACUUUACUCACUAGUAUAUAAUUGGCAUGGUCCUUAUAAUUAUGUUCUGGAAGGGGCAUUUCGCAUAAAAAAAUUAUAGCAUUCAACUUAACCUAUUCAAUCGUGAUGCGUCAUGAAAACAGGACAGUGCAAAUAUUUAAUUUUGUGAGCCUCAACAUUCAGUCAGAGACUUCUCAUCAAGUCGAUAGUACACAACGGCCUUUACACUUAAAUUAGUUAAUAUCGAAAUUAACUACAUCUCUGGCACUCGUGCGUGAACGGACUUUUUUAAGAAUUAUUGGAAGAAUAAGACUUUGUGUUGUAGACUAUUAUCCGUUUAAGCUAAUAAAUAUUUUUUGUAAUAACUUCACGUUUUGUUUUAACUAUCAUCGAAAAGAGAUUGUUUUCAAAUCGAACCAUUAAAUAUGCGGCAAUCAUAUUUCAUCGAAUAUCCAUAUACAUAGUUCACAAUAUUUGUUUAGAUUGGCCACGUAGUAGGUACGUUUUGGUACUAAAAACUGUUUUAGAUGUUUUAGUACGGGCUGGCAAAAAAAUGACAAAAGCGGUUUUUUUCUAUGUCAUUAAAUAUGAUUUGACAUUUUUUUCUCGCCAGCUCUUUUACGUUUUUUAGUACGAUAUUUUAUCACAUGUAAAUAAUCUUAUUUAUAUUUAUAUUAGUUCGUAAGGGCUUUAACUUGUAUAUUUUUCUAUAUAUUUUUUCGUUUAUGUAACUUGUUCUAAAUAUCUAAAUCAAUUUGUUGUAUGCUUAAAUUCCAUUCUUAUUAUCGAAACUUAUACCUGUAUAAUUAUAUUAUUGAAAUUAUCAUUAUUGUUCUUUUAUAUUUUUUAGUGAAUAUUGUUACAACUUUGUAAGAUCUGUUAGGUUUUUAAAAAGCAAUAUAACUAUCUCCUAAAUUUUUGCUUCAAUAAUAACAUGGUAAAAUAAAGUUUUAUGAAGUCUACUUAUCGUGAAUAAUACAAUUUUCGUUCUAAAACAAAAUGUUAAAGUUGAGUAGAGCUCUCGGCAAUGCAAAGACUAUAAUAUCCCAAUUGACAGUACAAACUUUGCCUAUUUAUUCAUAUCAAGUGACAAUAAACUCUUGAAACACA